AUGUCCAUUUCUGGGACUCUUAGCAAUUAUUAUGUCGACUCCAUUAUAAGUCAUGAAAGUGAAGACUCGCCUUCAGCUAAAUUUUCAUCUGGGCAAUAUACGAGUUCCAGGCAAGCUGGGCACAAUGAGCAUCUAGAAUUCCCCUCCUGUAGUUUUCAGCCAAAACCUCCAGUUUUCAGCGCCUCCUGGACUCCUUUGAAUCCACAUUCUUCUGGUACCCUUCCUGCCGUCUACCAUCCAUAUAUUCAACAUCAAAGCGUCCCAUCUGACGGCAGGUAUCUACGGAGCUGGCUGGACCCCGUGCCCCGAGCAGAGAACCUCCCCGGGCAGGGAGCCGUUAAGGCAGAGCCGCUGCUGGGCCGUCCCGGGGAUGUCCAUAAACAGGGGACACAGGAGUACAAUUUAGAAACUUCUGCUGCAAGGGAAGGGAUCGUUUCCAAUCAAAGGCCCAGCUUCGAGGACAAUAAAGUUUGUGAAGGAAGCGAAGACAAAGACAGGACAGAUCAAAAGUCCAGAGAGGACAAAAGCUGGAGCGAGUCAUCCUUUCUCCUCCAGAGAGCUGGCUCCGGCAGCAGAGACCACUUUACCAACCCAGCUGCCAGCUGGCUGCACGCCCGCUCCUCCCGGAAAAAACGAUGCCCUUACACCAAAUACCAGACCCUGGAACUAGAGAAGGAGUUUUUAUUCAAUAUGUACCUGACGAGGGACCGUAGACACGAAGUGGCCAGACUCCUCAACCUGAGUGAGAGACAAGUCAAAAUCUGGUUUCAGAACCGAAGGAUGAAAAUGAAGAAAAUGAACAAGGAGCAGGGCAAAGAAUGA